AUUGAAUUGUACAGUAUGACAUCGUUUUACGAUAGUUACGACUAUUAUAAAAAAAUGCUGGACUUGCAGGAAAAGUUACGAAAAAGCGAAGAAGAGAGAAUAAGAUUAGAAGAAAGAUUUAAAAUACUCGUUCAAGAAUCUCGCAAUAGGCACGAUGCGUGUAUAAAUCGAUUGCGCUUAAGAUAUAUAGAAUUUUUAGAGGAACAACGUACAAGGGAUGAAAGGAAUCAUAAGCUUCUCGAGGCAUUGGAUAAAGUAGACAAUAGCCUUGCAUUGAUGACUGCGAAAACAGAUAGGCUUAAUAUUCUUAGGAAACAAUAUGAAGCUUAUCUUCGUCGCAUUUAUACUGUUCCCAUUCAAUCGGAAAGUAUUAUCGACGACAACAAUAUACCAAUUCAAGGCGAAAGUAGAUAUUUGAGGAAAGAUGCGACUGUGGAACCAAUUCAUUUAUCUUCCGAAAUAAAAAAUACUCCGUCACCUCAAAUGUGGCUGUUAAACGACCAAACGAAUUGGUCGAUCUCUCCUUCAGCGACGAGCUUCACUAAAUCAGCACAAAAUACGUAUUACAAUAAUUACCAACCGAGUACCGUACAACAGAAAAAUUUAAAUCAGCUGGUGAACGGAAGUCAAAAUGCUUCACGAAUGUAUUCGACAAUUUUACAAAACGAUAUUCAACAAUCACCAACUCAGAAUGUAUCGUCACAAAUUUUCCAACAUAAACAACCGUACGUUCCGAUUGAUCCAAAUUUACACGUACCACGUGUAUCAUCAUGCCAACCGAGUUCUUUAAGUCAACCAACUGUUCCACAUUUUAACAAACCCACAUCAGACCGAAUGGAAACAGCUCAAAAUAUAUCACAUUUUAUAGUACCAGAACGUACUAACGAGAGCAUGUCACCGUACAAAUUCUUGGAUGUAUCUCAAAAUCGAUUUACUCCUGUUACUCCGCAGCAUUACAUUCAUCCAUCAUCAAUUUCCACGCAAUCAUUUCGACAAGAGAACGACAAAAUAUCGUUGGAUAAUAUGCAAACGCAAGUGUCAAAUGUUGACGAAAUACCUUCAGUUUAUAGAACCAUGCCGGUAAUUGCGAAACGAAACGUGUACGGUAUACCUUCGUUAAAUAAAUCAUUAAAUUUAUCCAAACGAACAUUUCCAAGUUACACGGAUUACUCUUGGAGAAAGCCUGAUUAUUUGAAAAAAUCUGUUAACGAUACGCCUGUGCGAUCAUUAACAACUUCCGACGUCGAUAACAUGAUAAGACGACACAAACGUUUCACAUCAAAGAGUCUAAGUGGUACAAGAUCACCGAUCAAUACGAAACAACUUGUUGUGGACGAAGAAGACGAACAUAGAACAGCGACGAUUGUGGAGAACGAGUUAGAUAGGUACAUCGAUAAAAUUCGGAAGCUUCAUCGUGACCUUGAUACACAAAGUUUAGAGGAAAUCGACCAGGAUAUGACUGUUAUUCCAAAUGUUUCUUCGUCGAAUGUCAAUUUAGAACUUCUGAACGAGGAUCAACCGAAAGAAGAUCUUCCUAAAGAGGUCGAGAAAGUUCUGGCAUUGGCGGAAGAUCUUGUGUCUAGGACAGUGGUUUUAAAUGAUGCCAACGAUUCUGGAAAAGGGCACGUGGAUAAAAAUAGAAAUCUCGAAUUGGUUGAAAGCACGCAAAGCGACACUCCGAUUUCAGAAAGAAACUACGUUGCGUUCGCAGAUACGCGCGAAGGACGCGAAACUUCGGUAGCGUUUGCAAAAGACGAAAUUAGCAACGAUAUUAAGUUACACGAGCCAAAAUUAGAUUCACAUCAAAAUAUUGAAAAGCUUGAGAAACAGAAUAUUACCGGCCUAAGUAACACUCAUCCACUGGAGCAAUAUGAACAGCAAUUACACCAAAUGCAAGAAAACGAACGUGUUGAUUUCAAUGUUUCGUCCAACGAGAAGGAACAAGUGGAGACAAAUGUACAAAGGCAAGAGUAUAAUGAAGAAGAUAAUUUUUAUCUUGCGGAGGAAUCUGACGUUGAUCAACAUUCUUUUGACGUCGUUGACGAGUUAGAACCGUGGGAUCUAGAUUGCUUGCAGAAACGAAUAAAAGAGAUAAAUUUAACUGGCGAAACUGAAGAUCAGUCUAGUAAGAAAGAAUUAGUAGUAGACGCUUCUAAGUUAAAUCAAGAUAACGUAGAGCAAAUUGAAAAUUCAAAUAAAGUAAACACUGUGGAAAGUGACAAAAAUGAGCAAAAUUCUAAAGAAGAAUCGAAUAUGAACGAAACAAAUUCGGAUAUCACAAAAGAUCAAUCGAGACAAGAAACUACCAAGUAUCCUGUGCAAAAAGAAGACUCUAUUCAUGAAAAUGUAACAGAAACAAGCGAAACUUCUGUUUUACCUGAAAAAUUAGAACAUGAAGACAAAAGUUAUAAUAAUGAGAAUGUAAUGCAAAUUAAUACUAAACUGGUACAGGAUCAAGUUGACGAACGGAAUGACUUAGACAAUAAGCAAACUGAAGAAUGUAAUGAAACUAAAUUUGUACCUGACACGAAUGAGCAAGAGAUAGUGGCGCAAACUGAAGAAUACACCAAUGAAAAUUACUACGAAGACCCUAAUCAAGCACAGAACUACGCACAAAAUUAUGAAACAGAGUAUACCGGUUUGAACGAACAAUAUAAUUACGACGAAAAUGCGAUGUACGAAAACAAUCAGGGGCAGAAUUAUGAUCAAAACUUGACCUACGAAGCUAAUCAGGAUGGAAAUUACGAUCCGAACGUUUCGUACGAAACUAAUCAAGAUCAAAGUUAUGACCCGAACGCGGCAUAUGUAACUAAUCAAGACCCGAAUUACGAUCCGAACGUGACAUACGAAAAUAAUCCAAAUCAAGAAUACCAAGAAUAUAUUAAUCAAGAGUACGCGCAGGAGUCGAAUGAACAGUACGGAGCAUACGUUGGUGAACAAUACGGUUCGAGAAAUCAGUACGAACACGAACCUAAUGUACAAUAUCAAGAAGAUGCGAAUCAAGAAUAUGCAUACACUUAUGAGCAACAAUACGAUCCUAAUCAAGUAAGUGACACCGAUGCAAAUCAGCCUUUCGCAUAUACUGAUUACGAUCCUAAUCAGUCACAGCUUACGCAAGAAGAAGAUAAGCAGGACGAAGAAUACAAAGAGGUAGUACAAGAAGCGUCGAAACACGAAGAUACAAAAGAGGAGAAAGUUGAUACUGUUCAAAGUAAAAAUGAAAAAUUAUCUUCUGAGAAGGAGCCGAAGAAAACAAAGGACGUAAUCAAAUCUUUGUUGGAUUCUGAUACAGACAGCACGAUUGAGAGGAACGUUUCGAAUACAGAGAGUGACUUUGAUUUUAACUGA